ACACGUGUUUCGCCAGGCUACAAAACAACAACAUUGAAGACCUAAAACACCUAAACUCAGCCGACUCAGCCCUGACUCAACCCAACUCAGCCAGACCUUGGCCUGACCCAGCCUAAACCCAAGACUUAUCAAACUGAACAAAGCCAUCCAGAAAAAUGACCGAGGGCAGCGAAAAGGCUACAAUGCGCGCAUUAAAGAAAAUGGGCAUCAAGACCUGUGCCAUUCAUUUGAAUAACGAUUGGGAAUUGGUUCGGCAAGGUGCAGAGGCUCGUGUUUAUAAGGGGUCAUAUGAGGGUAGACCAUCUAUCGCCAAGCAGAGGUUUUCUAAAGGCUACCGACACCCUGUUUUGGAUUCAUCUCUUUCUACUCAAAGGUUACGGAGUGAAGUGAAGCGAAAUUUGAAGUGCAGGACUGCUGGUAUUUUGGCUCCUGAAAUAUUAAUGGUUGAUGUGGACCAGUGCACCAUUGUAAUGGAAGAGAUCGGAAACGGACGCACUUUAAAGCAAAAGAUCAAAGAGCUGGAAAAGGAUUCCAAUCCAGCUGAUGAGCUGAAACAAAUUUGCAGUAAUUUAGGGCAUUUGAUCGGCAAAAUGCAUGAAGCUGGAACCACGCAUGGCGACCUAACUACUUCCAAUAUAUUGCUUAAUCUGAACGGGGAGAUGGUUCUCAUUGACUUUGGUUUGGGAGGUGGAGAGGCCAGCGCUGAAGAUAAAGCUGUUGACAUCUAUGUCUUGGAAAGGGCUUUAGCUGCCACUCAUCCUAACAUGGAGCCACUAAUUCCAGACAUCAUUGACUCUUAUUGCAAAAAUAAUUCUAAGGCAGCUGAAGUCAUAAAAAAAUUGGAAGAUGUGAGAAUGCGAGGGAGAAAAAGAAGUAUGGUUGGUUGAUUCCUUCUUGUUCCAUGGUUUAUAAUAUAUUAAAAAUUUAUUAAUACCUCGA